UCUAGUUGUUUGAUAGCCGGCAAUGUUAAAUGUAAUGGAAUUUCUGGUGCGCAUUAAACAAAUGAUUUAAACAUACAUUCGCUUAUAUAUAAAUAUAUUGACUUGGCUACUGUUGAUAUACAUUAAAUUGUUUAUGUUUUAAACUCAAUGUCACUGAAUGAGUAUAACAAAAGGCGUGGACUGUGGAUCUUAAAGAAUGUGUACCUGGCGCUAUCCCGAAGUUUUCCUGGUGUACAUACAAUACAUACAUACAAAAUCAAUGAAGGAACCCAAAACAUAAUUAGGAUUUUUACUGAAAAAUGUGGCUGAAUACACUAACGUCUAACCAAAAUAAGGUGGAUUGAACUUAGCAUCUAUUCUUAUUUCAUCACUUUCGAAUAACAGGAUCUGGAACAUUAAAAACGAGAAGUAGAGUCUAAGUCGUUUUAAAGGUUUUGAACGAUAUUAAUAUAAAAAUGAAUCCUGUACAUCAACUUAUGGCUGAACAACAGCCAAAAGUUCAUCAUACAUCAUCUAUUGUGCCAAUAUCCUUAUCAGAGGAUCCACGAACAUUGCAAUUGGCAUUGGAAUUAUCAUUGGUGGGCUUAAAUGACAAUCAGGCAUGCUAUGUCCAACAGCAGUCUGUUCAACCUUUGGCUUCUGUACAAAGUGACUACGAAAUGGCCAAUAUAAAUUCGAAAACGGAUAAUAGUAAUAUGGCUUUAACAUCGUCAUCUAGCAGCUGCUUUUUAUUGCCCACAGUAACGGGAACCGGUACCGGUAUGGUACCUCUAGAAGAUCGUUCCAAGAAAUCACAAAACAUGACUGAAUGUGUUCCAGUGCCCAGUUCAGAGCAUGUGGCCGAAAUAGUCGGUAGGCAAGGUUGCAAAAUAAAGGCGUUAAGGGCUAAAACUAACACAUAUAUUAAGACGCCAGUUCGCGGCGAGGAACCAGUAUUCGUAGUGACCGGUCGCAAGGAGGACGUAAGUAAGGCGAAGCGUGAAAUACUCUCAGCUGCUGAUCAUUUCAGCUUAAUACGCGCAUCAAGGAAGCCUUUGACAACAGAUGCCCAUACAAGCAGCGGAGGCGGCGGAGUUGCAGUUGGCGGAUGUGUGAAUGGGUCCGGUUCCGGUUCCUCUUCCAGUUCCGGUAUCGGUGCUGUACCUCGCCUCCAAUCCGGUCCACCGUGCUUGCCCGGCCAGAUAACGAUACAGGUACGUGUACCUUACAGAGUAGUGGGUCUUGUUGUUGGCCCCAAAGGUGCCACAAUAAAGCACAUUCAACAAGAGACUCAGACUUACAUAGUGACACCAUCACGGGAAAAGGAACCGAUCUUCGAAGUAACCGGCUUGCCAGAUAAUGUCAAUUCGGCGCGAAAGCAGAUCGAAGCACACAUUGCCCUCCGGACUGGUGUCGGAUUAGGAACGGGAACCGGAUCUAGUUCAUAUCCAGUGUUGGGUAGUGAAUCGUCAUCGGCCGCGGAAUCGAAUAGUUUUAUCAAUUCGAAUACUAUGAACUCAUUAACACAAAUAUUAAACGAUGAUUUAAAUACCGAACUAUUAACAUCCAUAUACAAGAACGUACAUCAGGAUUAUGCACACAAUUCAAUUCAUCAAAUGAAGCCAAUAAUUCAAAACUAUCAACUCAACGAUUGCUACAAGAAACAAGAGGAUAUUUCGGAUACUGAACUAAUGUCGCCUACACUAACGGCUUCGGGAAUUUCAGCUGGGAAACAUAAUCAGCUAAUGGGAAAUGAAACAAAGGCUGAAAACUGUGUAUUUCGGAAUACAAGUAAAGCCUUGCCUACUUCAAUAUUAGCUACAUCCACAUCAAAUCAUGCAAACCCCAAUACGAACAACAUACUAACCAGGUCGUGUUCGUCAGCAUCAUCGACAACUUCUACAAAAAGUACUAAUAACAGUACAAAUGCCAAUACGCCACCAGAGAUUUUAAAUAUAUGGAAAAAUCUAAAUGAUUCUAUUGAUGUGGAUGAGGGAAUCGGAGACUCGCCAAGCAUUUGGAGUCAGUCGGCGAAUAUCGUAUUAUCCACAGAUCAUCAUCACCAGUGUUCACCCGCAAACUCUGUAAGUCCCACAGAUUCACUCUUAGAGCAGCAAACAAUUGUACAUCAUACAUUAAGGGAACCGAACCAGCAGCAAAAAACACAAGCCCAGGCACAAGCUCAAGCACAAGCACAGGUUGCCAUUCAACCAGUGCAAUCGGGCAGCACCGACAAGUUUGUAAUACAUCGCGAGUGCUGUGUGUGCAAUGAGAAUCAAGUGACUACUGCUUUAGUGCCCUGCGGUCACAAUAUGUUCUGCAUGGAAUGUGCUAAUCAAAUUUGUGCUUCCUUGGAAGCAGUCUGCCCCAUUUGUAAUUCAAUAGUUUAUCAUGCAAUGCGUAUAUUGGGCUAACUUUUCAAUUCAAAGAAAUUAAAUAUAGAUAUGUAGGUGUUAUCAAGAGCUACAGGAAUGGAAAAUGAUAUUUUUAACUUGAGAGCUGUGGAAACAUCGAUAUCUAGAGGCAGAGUAAUAUCGAUGCGAACAUCGGUAUAUUGAUGUUUUUAAAAAUUUUUGUAAACGAUAAUCAUUAGAUGCUUAGAUCAUUUUGUUUAAUAAAGUUAAAAUUUCGGUUUAUCUUUAUAUGAAACAUAAAUUUUGUAUAUAUUUGUUUUUAACUUAAAAUUUGCUACGAAAAUACGUAGACAUUGUUUACAGUUUAUUUUAAUGCGAAAUAAAAUUGUUUCUAAUUUUUUGGAAACAUCGAUGUUUUAUCGAUAGUAUCGAUAGUACGCCCAAUGUUUUUACAGUUCUAAAAAUAAUCCAUUAACCGGCUUUGAUGCGAAUAUAUAACAUACUGUUGAAAUUGCUUUUUGAAAUUUCUCUAAAAGGUUAGGUUAGGCUAGGUUAACCUAUAUAUAAAUAUUUUUUUAUUUUUCUUCGUUUUAUGUGUUAGGAUUUUUUUUUUUUUUUUUUGCAAAAGUUGCAUAUAUGCACACAUAUUUAAUGGUGUUUCAAAUUUGAAGUAUAUUAAUUACUUUCCAUUAUCUAUUGAUAAUGGAAGCAAUAGUAUUCUACGUUAGUGCCAACAGAAAAUGAUGUAACAGACAGAAGGGGGCAUUUCAGCCACUACAAAUCAUGAAACGCCGUUACUAAGGUGUAAUAUUAAUCUUUAGUUUCUGCUCGUUUUAUUUUUUCUUUUAAGUAAAAGCGGUUAAUAAACAUGUGAGUUAUAAGACGAUAAAGUUUCUGCGUAUGUUGAAUUUCUUCAACUUCUACCAAUACGUGUUGCUCAGACAUGAAUAAUCCUUGGUCAGUAUAUUAAGAGGUUACACCACUCUAAAUAUUUGUUUUUUUGAUUAGAAUUUUGGUUUUUUAUUUUUCUAAAAAUGUUUUAAGCGUAAAAUUUCCCAAUUCAGACUGCUUUUAAAGUUUUAUUAGUUUAAGGGCUUCUCCUACAGUGUUUCUUUUUUAAGCAUUGUACUAAGAUAAGAAAAACCCGCUGUAAAAAUUCUUCUACCAGCAAAACUCCAUAUGAAAAAACGCAGCGAAGAGAGAAAUAAGAAUAACUUUCUCAUCGCUAGUUUUCUCGGGUACUGACAUACGAUACAUGUUGCGAGCGAAAAAUGUAGUGAUCAAACUAUAUAAAUGUUGCGAGCAACAUAACUAAACAGCUGUGAUUUUGUUCCCGCGAAGAAAAAGUGGCUUUGAUAAAUGCAGUCUUUAAUAUGGUAUUUGACCAACAAAGGGCAUUUUAAUUCACUUCAAUUCGGUGUCACAUUUUUCAUACAGUUUCUUUAAUUUCUUUGGUCUGACUGGUUCCCGAGCAAAAUGUAUAGCAAUUACGCAUUUUUAUUUUUAAUUUGAAUUUUGAGCACAUCUUAAGUUAAUUUAUAUUAAAUGAAAAAUUUGUUAACAAGUUUACUAGGCAAUUUUCAAUUUACAAAAUAACUUUUUUGUUUUUGCAAGAACAUAUGUAUGUAUCAGAAAUCGGCACCGGUGCCUGAUGGAAGCACCACAAGUAUACUUGCUUAAAAUGCAGUGCAGAUGUUACCAACAAUACAGAAUAUGCUUUUGCGAUAUUUUACCACCACAAUGUUUGUGAGUGGGGCACAGAAAACGUACAAAAAUAUUCGGUGCAAAAGGCUUACUCAAAAAUGUACUCUGUUGCUUUUAUGCGCAACAUUCUCAAUUUAAAAGUUUUGUGAGGAACGUUUGGGAUUUUUAAAAAAAGUGAAACUCGUGUUCCCACACUCCGUCAAAGCG